CUUGCUAGCGCACCACUACAUAAGCUAGCUUCGCUCACGGCAGCGGCCGGAACCAGUCUUGGCGCCGGAGGAGGCGAGGUGAUCGCUGAGAGGCCGGCCGGCACAGACAACAGACAGCGCGGGGGGCGGCGGUCGCUGUCGUCGACGGGUGAGGCGAGGUGGCGGUUACGGCGAAGAAGGCCAAUAGAAAAACGCGGGGGGAGCGAGAGAUCGGGGGAGAUCUCCGCGUCGCUGUCCGCCCGUGCUGCUCCUGGAUUGCACACUGAGCCUUGGCCUGCAAUCCAUCCGCGCUUUCCGGCGCCACCCACCACCGGCCACCGCCAUAUAUACCCGCGCCGCGGCCUUAUCCCGCCUCUCGAUCUAUCCAUCGAUCCAUCAUCGGCUGACGAAAGCGAGGGGGGCGCCGGGCCGGGGCUUCCCAGCAAGUUGUUUCUUCGUCUUCGUCGGCGAGGUAAAGGGAGCGGCGAAACGUUGGCCCCGGUGCUCCAGUACACUUGCAGACGACUGAGGCCUAGCUUUGGCAUUGGGCACAAAAAACAAGCUACCUCCAGUGAGGUUUGGUCAACAUCCGGCAGAAUAUAACUUGGACCGGAAGAAGAAGAUGGACGCCUUCACCCAUGUUCCUCCAGGUUUUCGUUUUCACCCUACUGAUGAGGAACUCGUUGACUACUACCUUAGGAAAAAGGUAGCACUGAAGAAGAUAGACUUGGAUGUUAUAAAAGAUGUGGAUCUGUACAAAAUUGAACCUUGGGAUCUACAAGAAAAAUGCAAGAUUGGAAACGAAGAGCAGAACGAGUGGUACUUCUUCAGUCAUAAGGACAAGAAAUACCCUACGGGCACUCGCACCAACAGGGCAACGACGGCCGGUUUCUGGAAGGCCACCGGAAGGGACAAGCCGAUCUACGUGAAGAACUGCCUCGUAGGGAUGAGGAAGACACUGGUUUUCUACAAGGGCCGGGCGCCCAAUGGACAGAAAUCAGACUGGAUCAUGCACGAGUAUCGCUUGGAGACCCACGAAACAGGAAUCCCACAUGAGGAAGGCUGGGUGGUCUGCAGGGUGUUCAGGAAGAGGCUCGCCACUGUCCAGAGAAUGGCAGGGGACUCGCCUUACUGGUUCAACGACCACGCCGGGUUCAUGGCGCCGGAGCUGGGCUCGCCGAGGCAGGUGGCGCAUCACCAGCAGAGCGCUGUGAUGUACCACAGGGCCCAGAGCAGCUACCCUUGCAAGGUGGAGCUGGACUACCACCACCUCCUUCCCCAGGAGCACUUCCUGCAGCAGCUUCCUCAGCUGGAGAGCCCCAACAAGCUCCCUGACCUCAUCGGCCAUGUAGCCACUACUCUCCAACCAUGCAGCCUUACGCCGGAGCAUGGCGCCGCCCCUCGCUACACGGUGGAGGAGCUCCAUGCCGAGCCGGUCUAUCUGACGGGUGGGGAUGCGUCAGGCACAGAUUGGAGGGCUCUCGACAAGUUCGUGGCGUCUCAGCUCAGCCACGGUGACACUGACACCACCCCGAAGGAAUCCAGUUACUCCAAUCCGGUGCAGGUGUUUCAGCAGGCUGAGGAGAAGGAAGAAGAGGCCCUGGACUACGUGUCAACGUCAGCCUCCUGCGGAGGGGAUAACGACCUGUGGAAAUAACAGUGUCAAUGGUAUAUACACACUAAAUCACUGAUGCAUUGCAUUGUACAAGCCAAUAACGUUGUGGUGUGAUUGAUGUAACGUAGUGUAUAACUAGCCAACCAAUUCAUGUGUCACGGUAAAGAAAAGUACCGUACAUAAUAAUGUGUAACCGAUCGACGAAGUUACACUUCUAUGCAUAAGUUGGCAUAAGGUCUGAUGUUGAUACGGUUAGCAACUGACCUGGCAAUUUGUGAAGAUUUAUAGUUAAAGUGCCAAAAGACAAUGCCUAUUUGUAUUGUCCAUGUAUACAGGUGUAGCUAUUGUCAUUCUUCAUUUUACCAUCUUGUGUGUGUCUUUUGUUUAAGGAAAUAAAAAGAACUCCGUCCCUCUCA